AUGGUGUGGUCCCUAUUACCCUCUCGAGCAGCCAUUGCCGUAUCUGAGUCAGACCUUUCACCAGCCAACACAAUAUGGGGAUCUGCAGAGGAGGAAGCUUUGGCUGGGCUAAAGGACCUGAUUCUAGAAGACAAGGAUAUGGAUUGCAAUGUGGUGCAAGAAAAAGUGAAAACCAAGAAAGCAGCGUAUCUGAAGUUAGUUGAAAGUGUAGACAAUGAGGAGAAGAGGGUGAAUAGGGAGCAUUAUAAGUUGGCAAAAAAAAAAGAAGAGGCAAAGCUAGCAGUUACAGCCGCCAAGAUGGCAGCUUUUAGUCAUUUGUAUGCGGAACUCGAGGGCCGAGGUGGGGAUAAUAGGUUGUUCAGGUUAGCCAAGAUGCGAGAAAGGAAAGCGCGAGACCUGGACCAACUGAAAUGCAUCAAGGACGAAGAAGGUAGAGUUUUGUUGGAUGAGGGGCUUAUUCGUCGGAGAUGGCAGACCUACUUCCAUAGUCUCUUGAGCGAGGAGGGGGACAAGAGCAUUGUACUGGGUGAUUUGGAACUCUCUGGGAGUCGUUGUGACUUUGGGUAUUUCUGGGAGAGAGUGGUAGAGCAAAGGGUGAGGAUGAGUGUGUCUAUUUCCGAGAACCAGUUUGGGUUUAUGCCGGGGUGUUCGACUACAGAAGCCAUCCAACUUGUUAGGAGAUUGAUGAAGCAGUAUAGGGAGAGAAAGAAGGACUUGCAUAUGGUGUUCAACGACUUGGAAAAAGGGUACGAUAAAGUUCUGAGGGAGGUUUUGUGGAGAUGUUUGGAGGCUAGAGGUGUACCUGUUGCCGGAUUGACUAAGGACAUGUAUGAUGGAGUAAAGACCUGA